AUGUCAACAGAAUUUCACAAUGAAGAAAAUGAAAUACCAGGAAAUUUAGAAACUCUAGAACCUGAUGAAACAGUCGAGAACGAAAGUGGCAAGAAAUUAUAUAAAAAAUGGUGGAUGAUUGUUAUAUAUUGCGUUCUAGCAUUCAUUGUGAUUGUUGCAAUAGCAAUAACAAUUUGUGCAAUAUAUUUAGACUAUGGGCAAUGCAGCAGGACAUGCAGAAUGCAUUAUUGCAAACCCACCGAUGCAAAAUGUUUUAUUUCAAAUGCAAUUAAAGGAUGGAAAACACAUGCUAGUGAUAGAACUAAAUGCACAUGUUCCGCUCCUUCUCUUUUUAAUGGCACAAAAGAAGUUUCAAGAUAUCUUGAACCUGUUGAUACAUGGGCUAUGGAUAAUCAAACAUACACAUAUUGUGCAGUUCCUCCAAAGGACAACUAUACAGGUGAAGCUAUAACAUAUGUGUCACGCGAAGCAGCUGAAAAAGAUAAUGCUUUUCUUCUUCAUCAAGGACCAUGCGGGAUGUGCUCUUCCAUAGCCGAUAAGAAGGCUUAUGAGAAAACACGUUUGAAUUUGACCAAGAUUUCUACAAAAGCUACCUUUUUUGGACUAUUAAAAGGAAAAUAUGCCAAAAAGUUUAUGAAAAAGACAGAACUGAGCUCAGAUUGCAUUGACUGCUGGGUUGAAAACAUGAGAAAUACCAUCAUUCAUUGCUUUACUCGUUGCAUGUUUGGAGAUAGAUCUGGAUGUGACAAAAAUGGCGAGUUGACUGAUUGCUUGAAGUGUGAUGAAAUACAUUCAGGUGUUUUCUUCAGGCAAUGCGCCGGAAUGACAAGAAGAAGAGCAGGUAUCCAGACAGAUAUUUGCAGAAAACCAGGUGAAAUCAAAUAA